UAAAGAUGAAAUAACAUGUAAGGGCAGAUAAGAAGAAAGUAGAAAAAAGAGGCAGAGAUAGUUUGAGAGAAAGAUGGAAAUGAAGCACAGGGAGAUCGCUAAAAGUCUCUUACGAACAGUAGGCUGUUAGAGCACCAAGUACAAGUAUAGGCUUGACUACAAAAGAAAACUGGGGAGUCUCUGGUCUCUGAGCAGGUCAGCUUUGAUAUGAAGCAUUUUUCAUCACAGAUCGUACCUCCUCUUCUUUUAUUUUAGGUCUCACAGAAAAAAAGGUAGGGAACCAUGACCUGAAAGAUUAAGAGUCCUCCAAUCUAGAUUCAGUUUUGUUGUGAUAUCUUAAGCCAGUCAUUCCCCUUUCCUGGACCCUGAGUAGCUAGUAAAAUGGGAGGAAAGGUCUCUUCGUAUUUUAUGUAUCUAUUCUUUACAACUAAAAUUCUUCUGGUGUCACUGAGAUCUCCUAAGUAGUUCUGGGGUCCCUUCUUUAAAGCAUAAAGAACAGAUAAUUGCUUUGCAAAAAAAAAAGUAACAAGAGCACUCUGGAUUAGGAUUAGAAACAGCUGGCAGCAAGCCUCUAAUUCUUUGGAGAAAAGACUCUUCCACAGUACCAUUUUCAGGCCUUUAUUCAUCAUACUACAACACAAUUAGGUAAGCUGCUCAGUUGUUCAAAUAUCUCUCUUUGCAAAGUAUCACUCAGGUCUAUCAAAGCAGUGUUGAAACAUACAGCACUCUCCUCUGUGAAUGUCAUUAUGGACAGAGGCUUGGCAUUAUAUUAAUUACAUUAGCUGGCUCAGGACAACAUAAUCUCACCUGAUUAACAAUAUUCCUUACUCUCUUUCUCCUGUAUUUGUGUCCUCUGCCUGAAUUUUUUUGUUCUUUUGUUUAUUCACUCAUUUAUCCUUGCAAUAAAUAUUUACUGAGCCCCUCGUAUGUGCCAGACACUAUAUUAUUUAGUAUCUGAUACCGAUAUGUGAUAUAUAUCAGUAUAUGUCAGUAACAAAAACAGGUAAAGUCUCUUCCCUCACAGACUUUCCUUUCUUUCUGCAUGCCCUUUAUCUUAGCUGAAAUAAACAAAAAAAAAAUAGUUGAAACACCCUUUAGCUAUAAUUAGGGUACUUGUGUUCUUGUCCCAGCUGUGCUAUGAGUCUAAGGGGUAAGUCUAUUAACCUCUCUGUAUAUAAUUUUCCUCUUCUGUACACGAAAGUGUUGAACAAGACUAUCCUAAGGAAUUUCUCACAUGGACGUUUUCAGUAGCUCCUAACUAGUCUCUCUGCUUUCAUUUUGCUCCUGCCAUCCCUGAAAUCUUUUCUUGGAGGUAGUACCUGCUCUAGUCCCCAACUUCCUCUCUAAUCUCAUCUUCUACCACUAUUCCCUGCACUCACUCUGUCCAGGCACAAUGGUCUCCACGCUGUUUCUUGUACACUGCAAAUAUACUCCCCUCUUGGGGCUUUUGCAUUUGCUUUUCCCACUUCUUAGAAAGCUUUCCUUACCUCCACCGUCCCCCAAGGUUCACAUGACUCAUGCCUUCACUUCCUUCAAUUACAUAAAUGCCUUUUCAGGAGCCAUUCUCUGAUCUGAUCACCUUACAUAAAAUAGCACCUCCAUGCCACUCUCUGCCCUGCCUUUUUCUUUUUAAUUCUUAUGACUACCUAACUCACCAUAUAUUUCCUUGUUUGUCUUCUGUCUCCCUCCAACAGAAGAUGCAUACCAUUAGAAUAGGGCUUUUGGCUUGUUUUGUUCCCUGCUAUAUCCCCAGUGCCAAAAAUAGUACCAGAUACACAGUAAAUGCUCAAUAAACAUUUGUUGAAUGAAUAACAUAAUGAACCUUUUCUAGUAAUAAAAUAAGUUUCACUGUGUGUCAAACUUUAUUCAUACUUAGUAGGGUUCAAAUCCAGCUACUAGGACCUAUAAGACACCAGUCAAGUAUUAGAACUACACUGGAGUCAGACAACACAGAAAAGUUACCAAAGAAAUGAAUCAUUAGCUGAAGCCAAUCCAUUCCAUUCCUUGAAGAUUUUUGUUUCAUAGCAUGGUAAGCUACAAUAAGAUUGGACUUAAAUAUUUAUUCCAUGCAGUUUCUUGCAAUGAGAAAAGUGGCAUUACUACCCUCAUUUCACUUAGGCCUGGAGAAGUUUAGUCAUUUAUCCAACAUAUCCAACCUUUUAAGGAAGAGAUAAAAUAAGGACAUAAAUCCCUGACUGCCAAGCCCACAGUUAUUUAUUUUCAAUAGUGACCUAUACAAGAACAAAAAGAUCUGUCCUGGCAUAAAUAUGUAAUGUGUGUGAUGUGUAGGGUAAAAAGUGUAGAUUAACUAACCUGAGGGACUCUUCCCACUGAACUUCUGAAGCAACUGCAUAUUCCAAAAGUUUAUCUUAUUUACAGUUUAUUUUAUACACUAUCAGUAUAUACUGUACUGUUUAUCUUAUAUACUGUCAUAUCCCCAAUACUUGGCACAUGCUCCUUUCAUAUGUGCUGAUUAAAUGAAAGUAUCAGCCUCAUAGUAAACAGAGGCCUAUUAACAAACAGGUGCCCCUCAACCACCCCAGGUAAUAAUUACUCUCACCUCCUGCACAGGCCACAGCCUUGGAGCCAUUUACACUCAUGAACAGCCACACAUGCACAGCACCCCUUGAAGGAAAAGAAAAACAAAUUUCUACAUCCUGCAUCACACCUGGCUUUGCAGGUAUUUCGUAGUCAGAUGAGGGACAAGGACAAAAUUGCCAGCUUACAGCUUGUUUCAGUAUUUCUAGGAGCACCACAAAGACACACAUAGAUACAUACACAUCUAUGUGUAUGUGGAGAAAGACCCAUUUACAAACACAAAUGUACAAAUACACAUAUGCAUAUCAAAAUCACUUCAGAAUUAGGCAUGAUACAAAUCAUAAAUAAAUUUAUAUAUACAGUAACACACAAGCUGGUUUUGCCCAAGCAUACUCACAAAUGUACAAAAACACAUACACAAAGAUAAUAUUUACCUCAAGGUCUGACUGUGAAAAGUAAAUGAGAUUAUGUGAAUUCACAGUAGCUCUUGACACACAGAAAUCAUGCUAAUAAAGGUUAGCUCUUGAUUGUAUAUAUAAAAAUACAUAUAUUAUUUAUUAUAUUUAAAUUUGUAUCCAACUCAUAUUAAUAUACACCUUCAAAACAAAAUUUCCUUUUCAGUCACUACUCAGAAUAUCAUGGAAAUUCUAGAUUGUGGGAGCCAAUAACAGAACCGGUAGUGUGGGAUGUGCUAUUGUAGUGCAGGGGGAGGGGAGGGAAAAUCCUGCUGGUAGGAGGCUAGUAAACAAGACUUUCCAGAAGUUUUUGCUUGGGAGAAGGCCUAGCCCUGGAGGGAACUGAGCUGAUGAGUACUCUUGGGAGACCAACCAAAGGAGUUUCUAACGUUAUUGGAUAAGGAGAAGGGGUUGUCCUCUCUCAGUAGCCUUGGGGGGGAGAGUCCCCAGAGUGCCAGUGAGUUCAAAUCAGCCAGAAAAUCCUUUAAAGUAUUUAUCCUAUAGUCCCAUAGCUUGGAGAAAAUCUGAUUAACUCCAUCUCCCCAGAUGGGCUUUAGAGUGAAAUGUAUAGCUGGCUUCUAAGAUUCAAAUAAGGUGGGAAAACAGCGGAAGAAAAAACAGGGAAUGUGAGUCAUAACACAAUCUCUGUGUGUACAACUUGGCUCUGCCAUCAAUUUGGAGCAAGCCACAGCUCUGUGAGGCUCAGUUUCCCCAGCAAAUAAAAGGCAAAUAAAACUGUCUCCUGUCCAGUUGGAAUAAGGUGUUUUUAUUCCCUCUCAAAAGGGUGCCAGCCACAACACCUCCCACUCAACCCUGGAAACUGCUCAAAGAAUUUCUCUCGUAUUUCCCUGCUGCGGUGACCCUUGAGGGGGUCUUUAUCCACCAGACUUCUUUUUGGAUAUUCCUCCUUUCUUUCUGGGGCCAAAUAUUAUAACUUCAGAGCUCUUUUUAAAAAAUCAGGGAUCUGCUUCAACUCUUCCUUUUUAAAAGGAUAAAUUGAGCCCAGAGCACGUCUUAACUAGGAACCAUGUGUUUUACUCACAUGCAACUGAAUUCUUUAAAAAUCAAGGUAACCUUUGAGAGACCUAGAGUGAUUAAUUCCAUAACCUCUCUUACCCUACCGCUUACACGGAAAGAAGCUUGGGGGUAGGAGGGGGAUUGCGCAGAUCUCGUCCAGCACUCCAAGCGUUAAAUUCAACCCGGAGUCUAACAGGCUAUUGGCCGAAUACCGGGAGAAGAUCUGGUUUUCGUAGCCGCGGGCCAAUGAACACCUCGAGUGGGAGGGUUUGAAGAUACUAAGGAGUUUCCCCCCUUUUUUUAUCCUCUCAACCCCCUCCCAUCGGCUGUCACCCCUCCCAUCCCCCACGCCUCCAGUUUGUUAAAUUAAUGCAGUAAGAAAGUCUGAAGAUCUGUAGGAGCCUUGAUCAAGGAAAGAUGAGCGAGCUCAGAAAACCGAGAUGCAUCUGAGACAUUGGGCUCCCGAGCCCCGCGGGGUAGCCAUGGACCCCGGUAGCCCCUGAAACUUGCCCCGGGCUCUCUGACGCCUGCGGCCCCAAGCAAUGGGACACCUUUUCUGCAGUGAUCAUAACUUAUUCGGCGGGGACCGGGGACCAGGAAACAGGAAUAGCAAGGCGACAGCAGAAUAGCACCGAGGCAGGGGAAUGAGAUUCCGAGACUGGAUUGCGAUGCGCCGGCCUGGCACACUCUCCGAGAUUUAACUGAAGGCAGCACCGUCAACCGCUUUCCCCUCGCCUCUAACCCCCUCAGCCGGCCCAGAGCCAUAAAGCUCUGUUCUCUUUACCCAAGAUGCUCGCCCAAUCCAACGGUCCGAGGCCAACGUUCUGAUCUCCACAGAAGAUUUUUUUCCUUGCAUGGAGCUGGCCGUUUAAACAGAAAAACAGGGGUAAAAAAAAAAAAAAAAAAAAAGGAAAUAUACCCACCCCCAAACGUGCCUCCCCAGCGCCGCAGGGAGCCAACAGACACGCUGGAGUUUAACAAACAGCAAUACUCUUCGCGCUCCUGAAAAGCAGGGCUGGACGCUCUCCGUGGUGCUGAAACGCCUCGCAGCAGCCGCUGUCCGUGGUAUCCACAGCCCCCUCGCUCCGACUUCCCCUGGGGCUCUCCCUCCGAGCCCCUGUUCCCCGCCUCCCCUUAACAUCUGGAUUAUUUUUUUCAAUAGCGCUUUCUGGUUUUGUAAGUGCCAAUUUGAAACAUUUUUGCCCCCAUAACUCGUGGACUACAAAGCACAAGGACCUCAAAAAUGUACAGCUUCAAUACUCUUCGACUCUACCUUUGGGAGACCAUUGUAUUCUUCAGCCUUGCUGCUUCUAAGGAGGCGGAAGCUGCUCGCUCCGCACCCAAGCCUAUGUCACCCUCGGAUUUCCUGGAUAAGUUAAUGGGGAGAACCUCCGGAUAUGACGCCAGGAUCAGGCCCAAUUUUAAAGGUCCCCCAGUGAACGUGAGCUGCAACAUUUUCAUCAACAGCUUUGGUUCCAUUGCUGAGACAACCAUGGACUAUAGGGUCAACAUCUUCCUGCGUCAGCAAUGGAACGACCCCCGCCUGGCCUAUAACGAAUAUCCUGAUGACUCUCUGGACCUGGACCCAUCCAUGCUGGACUCCAUCUGGAAACCUGACCUGUUCUUUGCCAACGAGAAGGGGGCCCACUUCCAUGAGAUCACCACAGACAACAAAUUGCUAAGGAUCUCCCGGAAUGGGAACGUCCUCUACAGCAUCAGAAUCACCCUGACACUGGCCUGCCCCAUGGACUUGAAGAAUUUCCCCAUGGAUGUCCAGACAUGUAUCAUGCAACUGGAAAGCUUUGGAUAUACCAUGAAUGACCUCAUCUUUGAGUGGCAGGAACAGGGAGCCGUGCAGGUGGCAGAUGGACUAACUCUGCCCCAGUUUAUCUUGAAGGAAGAGAAGGACUUGAGAUACUGCACCAAGCACUACAACACAGGUAAAUUCACCUGCAUUGAGGCCCGGUUCCACCUGGAGCGGCAGAUGGGUUACUACCUGAUUCAGAUGUAUAUUCCCAGUCUGCUCAUUGUCAUCCUCUCAUGGAUCUCCUUCUGGAUCAACAUGGAUGCUGCACCUGCUCGUGUGGGCCUAGGCAUCACCACGGUGCUCACCAUGACCACCCAGAGCUCUGGCUCUCGAGCAUCUCUGCCCAAGGUGUCCUAUGUGAAAGCCAUUGACAUUUGGAUGGCAGUUUGCCUGCUCUUUGUGUUCUCAGCCCUACUAGAAUAUGCUGCCGUUAACUUUGUGUCUCGGCAACAUAAAGAGCUGCUCCGAUUCAGGAGGAAGCGGAGACAUCACAAGAGCCCCAUGUUGAAUCUAUUCCAGGAGGAUGAAGCUGGAGAAGGCCGCUUUAACUUCUCUGCCUAUGGGAUGGGCCCAGCCUGUCUGCAGGCCAAGGAUGGCAUCUCAGUCAAGGGUGCCAACAACAAUAACACCACCAACCCCCCUCCUGCACCAUCUAAGUCCCCAGAGGAGAUGCGAAAACUCUUCAUCCAGAGGGCUAAGAAGAUCGACAAAAUAUCCCGCAUUGGCUUCCCCAUGGCCUUUCUCAUUUUCAACAUGUUCUACUGGAUCAUCUACAAGAUUGUCCGUAGAGAGGAUGUCCACAACCAGUGAAGGGUCUGAAAGGUUGGGGGAGGCUGGGAGAGGGGAACGUGGGAAUAGCACAGGAAUCUGAGAGACUAAGGAAGAGAAGGGGAAGAGAGGGAGGGGGCACACUUACACAACUCUCUCUACAAUAUGUGCAAUAGCAAAACGCAGUGAUGCAUGAAUUUUACAAUGUGGCACUAUUUAACCUCGGGUGGGCUGUGGGCGGGGGGUCAGGAGGGACUUUUCUAAUAUAGGAACUGAGGGCUGGGAGGAAGGGAGGGGGUAAAGGCAGGGGUGGGGAUUGGGGAAAUAAUAGCUUUCAAAAAUCUCAGUCCAUGGCUGUGCAGUUUUCCUGUUGGGAAGGAGAGCGCAGUCUGCCCCAGAGCAGAAAGAAAGCAAUGUAAUAUAUGAUAUAUAUUCAUGCUUAAUAUUAAUGCAAAACCACAAAAACAAAAGAUUUGUUUCUUAACCUAUCAGCCUAGUAACUGCUUAAAUUUUUAAAGUCACAGAAGUAAUGGACAAAUUUUCCCAGAGUGGAAACAGUCACAAAUAAGCUUGCUCUGAUGUAUGUCCCACAUCAUACCCCUCCAAAUGCCAUACCCGUCUUCAAACUGACCCAGGCAGACACAUGCCAAAAAGCCAUUUUGCCUCUGCUUCAAGAGGGCUGUGUGGUAUGGGAAGGGGUAGUGGAAACAGGGACAGGUGGAGAGACGAGAAGGGAGUGACUAAAGAGACAGACAUUUCAGAGGCCAAGGAUUGAGAAUGUAGGUAACCCCAGCUCAACCCUCACAUCUCAAGGCCACAACUGUACCUCUCUGAGCCCUCUUGCUUCUGUGCUUCAACAAUGUCCCACUCACCCUCCACCACCACCCAGAAAUGGCCAAUGUGGUUUUCUCAUUAUAUUGCCAAUAUGCAACAUUUUUUAUGGUUAAAAAAAAAAAUCUUGAAAAAUAAUAUGCAGAUAGACUGAGUGUAAACAGAUACUUUUUUCAAAUGUCUAUUUUUUUGGAGAGUCUCUUUGGAAUUGCAACUCAGUGCAUGUUUGGGAAGGUGGCGUCAGUGGUGUGAAAUACAAUUAUUCUCUAGUGGUCCUACAGAGUAAAGUUUUAAGAGGUGAAACAGCAGUGUUGAGUCUGCUGCCGAUUAGACAUAAAUGGGUGGGGAGAGAUAGUAAUGUUUAGAAAAUGUUUGUUAUAUUUUGACAUAUAUCACAAUGUGCAAAGUUUGGGGGGCUGACCCCGUUAUAUUUUUGUAAGUCUGUUUUUUUCCUUUUAGGUGCUUUAACAUUUAGGAAAGUUAGACAAAUAUUUUUCUUUCAAUUCUGAAGUGCCAGAAUUGUCCUGGGACAGCUAGGGCACUCCAGAAAAAAGGAGGACCAGGAGAUGAAUUUAGUUUGGGGGAUGGGGUGGGCAUGGUCCUGCUGACAGAAAUGGAUAUCACAGAUGGGAGGUCUGCAAGGUGGAGACAGCAGGCCUCUGUCCACUGUCAACAGCACUAUGCCUGAAAUAAUGGCACCAUUGUCUGAAGCAUUUUCCCUGCUUUGGCCCAUGGCCAGAGUAUGGGGGUUCCAUUUCUUUCUUUGCACUUUAGUGUCUGAGCUUUGGAUCAAAGGUGUAGGUAGAAUGUUGAGAUAGCUGACAAUCAGUUUGUCCUGAGGCCUGGGGUUUCAAACGUGUCUUUUAAAAAUCUCCAACUUGAGGCAGCAUGGAGGAGGAGUGGUAAGCAGAGAAGACACACUGGAAGCCUAACUUUUCCCUAAAGCACCUUCCCCUAGGGGAUUUUCUCCCAUUCCCUCAGCACAAUAACUAAUACAGUCCUAAAGUAGCAGGUCAAGACAAAGAUCUAAAGAGAUUUACAUAAGGAAAAUGCACUAUGCAGUCAAAAAAGGAUUUGGCUUUGAGGCUUGAAUGGUAAAGGUGUUUACAUCCAGGUCCAGGGAAAAUAAAUUAUUGCCUUCCCUUCUCUUGGCCUGUGUAGACCAAAAAGCUAAACUGUAUUACAGCUUUGGAUGACAUGAUAGAACCUGUAAUCUUAUUUUUCUAAGAAAACUUGGGAGAUGGGAGCCAAGUGGGUAGAAGUCUCUCAUCGAAGACCACUCUUUCUCCCAUCACAAACAUGUGUCCAACGGAGGAAAAGUUUAAAAGAGGGACUUGAACGACUACACUUCAAGAUGAGAACAUCAGUCUUCGAGCUGCUGUCAGCACCUUUCAUUAGCACUAUAUUCUCAAGUGGUGCAUGAGUCUUUGGAGAGGCCCUUUCACUAGCACUUUAUUCACUUUAUUUAGGGAAAAUUAUUUUUUAAUCUAAAAAAAUUAAGCCCUUCUUCCUACUUUACUCAUUACUGGACUAAAUUCAGAAUGUCUGAAGUCUCGGUGAAUCAGGCAACAAUCGUGCUAGAGCUCCAGCAGAAACUAAAGACAACGCCAUUGUUCUAAGACAUUCUGCCUCCACUCAAAACAGAUAAUCCGCAGAUUCCAAACCAGCCUCCUUAUAAGUAGUGUCUGGAAUCCAUCUGAGAGAGAGAAAUCACUGGGCCAUUUGCCCAACCUCUGCUGGGUCCUUGAACUUCUGCCACCAUAUUCAGCUUGUGGGCCCACUGGGAGCUGCCAGGUUGACAGUAGCCAACAAACAAUUGAAUAAUCUCUUUGAGACACAGAGGGGGAAUGUCACUGAAAUCUUCUCUCAGACUAUUUCAAACUAGUGUCCCUUAUGGAAAAUCAACAUGAGUGGAGUGAUUAUAGCAAUGAAAAGAACCUGGAUUUUAGUCCUGCCACUAAAAUAGGCUGAGUGACCUUGGGUAAAGGACUAGGCUUUAGUUUCUCUAAAUACACAAUAUGAAUAGUAGUAUAGUAUCUAAACUCCCUCUUAGCUCUAAGUGCUCUAUGACUCUGUGUUUAAGUUAGUCUACAGGAAAUUCACACGACCAAAAAUUUAAUGUCACUUUGAUUUCUAAACCCUCCAAGGUGGAUGUGUGGAUACGCAUGCAUAAACACAUGGACCCACACAUUAUUGCCUUUGGAAAAUUUGCAGAUUUCUUUUUUCUUUGCCCCUCUUGGCGAACGGUGAUGAGGAAAGGACAUGAAUCAUUACAAAGUCAGAAAUAUCAUCAUGAAUUAAGAAUGGAAGCAUAUUCAAGGAAAAGACAUUAUCAUCAACGUAUAACGUAGUAAGGAUUUAACAAAUUACAUGAAUUUCAUCUUUAUGGAAAAAUCAAACCAGAUAAGCUAAGCCAAUUACUUUAAGUGGCUCCAAUGAACAGGGCAAUACUUUCUUAAUUUCUUCUUCAGUUUGAGCACAGGGGAUACUAUGCUUUGGGAUUACAGAUGCCAAGUGGUAUGGUGGCCAAAAAACUGAUUUAGGUACAAUGAACGGUUUACCAGUUUUCAAACUCUUUGCUUAUCCAGACCACACCAGUAUUUAUACAUGGUGUGAGAACUGGACACUGGCAUAGAGGAUUGGUGAUUUCACCCUCCAAAACUACAGCUAAUCCUAGGAGCCAAAUCUAGGAGGUACCAAUUAAGCAGACCAAAUUUCUGCUUAAUUGAUUAUCACUUAUUAGCUUAUAAUGUAUCUCAUUCAUUUCAAGAAUAGUCAAAAUAAAUGGCUGAACUUUGACACCCUCUAGUCCUUUCAAACACUGUUAGCUAAGACUCUAAGGAAUGAACAAGAACAGGCAUGAACAGAAAGGAAAAAAAAAAUGUAUGUCCGUGUGUAUGUGGAUAUGCAAUAUCUUGAUUUUAACUCUAUUUUUAGUUUGAGUCUAAAAAACAAGAGGAUUGGUCUUUUGACCCAAAUUAUUCCUUCUAAACUGUCAAUAAAUAAGAAAUGAAUCCCUCUCAAAAGCUCACCAAUCUUUUUCAUAGGCUAUUUUGUUCAUACUGGGGAGAAAAAUAAAUACGAGACAUGGUUCCUUUCCCUCAAAGUACACAUCUUUAUGAGCAUCAUAAAAUAUAGAGAUGGUGUUUUGUGAGGCUGCAUUAGAUUACAGUGUGGGCUGAUGCCCCACCUAAACUGGUACCAUCACUGAUAACAGUCUUCUGUGAAAAUUAGAUUUCUUAGUUAAUUGCAACACAUUGAAAUAGAAGGGGUGAUUAUUAUGUCUGGAGUAACUGCCUCCUUACUAGAAGAAUCUGGCAAGCACAAGGCUUGGUGGUGGUACAAUCUGUAUCAGCUUUAGGACAGAAGUCAAGAUCUAAGAUUUGUAGCUGUUUCCUAGUCUGGCUGGAAUCCCAGUUAAGGAGCCAUGAAUACCACUCCAGAAAGCAUCUUAUUCAACGAGCACCUUUUGCACAUUCUACCCACCCUCCACGCCGACUCUGAAAAGGCAGACAGGAUUUUCUCUGUGAGCUAUGUUUCCUGGGUUGGCUAGGUGGCUUGCACUCUGAAGGGCUGGUAAGGUAUGUUGAGAAAGAGUGAAUCGACCUCUUCCCUUGAUAUAUGGCAUCAUUCCUUCUUGAACCAACCAACCCAAAAAUUCUCUAAAUAGGCAAGCAGACAGCGUGUUUUUAAAAUAUAAUUUAGCUUCUUUUCUACCACUGAGCUCCUCCUCUCAGAAAUCAACUCCAGAAAUUUGAAUUAAGAACCUUUCCUGGCUGGGUGAGGUAGCUCAUGCCUGUAAUCCCAGCACUUUGGGAGGCUGAGGUGGGCAGAUUACCCGAGGUCAGGAGUUCCAGA